UCCGCAGCGCUAAUUACUUUUUCCAAAGGCUGCAGGCUUCACUCCGGCUGGCGCCGACGCCUCGCGCUCUUGCUCCGCCGCCACGGUCUGGGGCGCUGGUCCCGAAUACCAUGUGUGACGGCGCCCUGCUGCCUCCUCUGGUGCUGCCCUUGCUGCUGCUGCUGGUUUGGGGACUGGACCCGGGCACAGCCCUCGGCGACCCGGCGGCCGACGUGGAGGUGGUGCUCCCGUGGCGGGUGCGCCCAGACGAUAUGCACCUGUCGCCGCUGCCUGGCGCUCCGGGGACCCGACGGCGGCGGCGACCCCGCGCGCCCCCCGCCUCCCCGCGCGCGCGGCCCGGAGAGCGCGCCCUGCUGCUGCACCUGCCGGCCUUCGGGCGCGACCUGUACCUGCAGCUGCGCCGCGACCUGCGCUUCCUGUCCCGUGGCUUCCAGGUGGAGGAGGCAGGAGCCACCGGGCGCCGCGGACGCCCCGCCGCCGAGCUCUGCUUCUACUCUGGCCGCGUGCUGGGUCACCCCGGCUCUCUGGUCUCCCUCAGCGCCUGCGGCGCCGCCGGCGGCCUGGUGGGCAUCAUCCAGCUUGGGCAGGAGCAGGUGCAGAUUCAGCCCCUCAACAACUCUGGAGGCCCGUUUAGUGGACGAGAGCACCUGAUCAGGCGCAAAUGGUCUCUGAAACCCAGCCCGUCUGCCAAGACCCAGGUCCCUGGGCAGCUCUGCAAGGUACUGACAGAGAAGAAGACGCCCAGAAAGGCCAGGCCAUCGAGGGUGUGGCGGGAGCGGAGGAACGCCAUCCGGCUCACCAGUGAGCACACGGUGGAGACCCUGGUGGUGGCAGAUGCCAACAUGGUCCAGUACCACGGGGCGGAGGCCGCGCAGAGGUUCAUCCUCACUGUCAUGAACAUGGUGUACAAUAUGUUUCAGCACCAUAGCCUGGGAAUGAAAAUUAAUAUUCAAGUUACCAAGCUUGUCCUGCUACGACAGCGUCCUGCUAGGUUGUCCGUUGGGCACCACGGGGAGCGGUCCUUGGAGAGCUUCUGUCACUGGCAGAAUGAAGAAUAUGGAGGCGCACGGUACCUUGGUAACAAUCAGGUCCCAGGGGGGAAGGAUGAUGCACCCCCCGUGGAUGCUGCUGUAUUUGUGACCAGGACAGAUUUCUGCGUUCACAAAGAUGAGCCAUGUGACACUGUUGGAAUUGCUUACUUAGGAGGUGUGUGCAGUGCUAAGAGGAAAUGUGUGCUUGCCGAAGACAAUGGUCUCAAUUUGGCCUUUACCAUCGCUCAUGAGCUGGGCCACAACCUGGGGAUGAACCAUGAUGAUGAUCACUCGUCCUGCGCUGGCCGGUCACACAUCAUGUCAGGAGAGUGGGUGAAAGGCCGGAAUCCCAGUGACCUCUCUUGGUCCUCUUGCAGUCGAGAUGACCUGGAAAACUUCCUCAAGUCCAAAGUCAGCACCUGUUUGUUGGUCACUGACCCCGGGAGACAGCAUGCAGUACGCCUCUCUCACAAGCUUCCUGGCAUGCACUACAGCGCUGACGAGCAGUGCCAGAUCCUGUUUGGCACCAAUGCCACCUUCUGCAAAAACAUGGAGCAUCUGAUGUGCGCUGGGCUGUGGUGCCUGGUAGAAGGAGACACAUCCUGCAGGACCAAGCUGGACCCUCCCCUGGACGGCACCGAGUGCGGGGCAGACAAGUGGUGUCGCGCAGGGGAGUGUGUGAGCAAGACUCCCAUCCCGGAGCAUGUGGACGGAGACUGGAGCGCAUGGGGCAGCUGGAGCAUGUGCAGCCGGACGUGUGGGACAGGAGCACGCUUCCGGCAGAGGAAAUGCGACAACCCCCCCCCUGGGCCUGGAGGCGCACACUGCUUGGGUGCCAGCGUGGAGCAUGCAGUCUGUGAGAACCUUCCCUGCCCCAAGGGUCUGCCCAGCUUCCGGGACCAGCAGUGCCAAGUGCAUGACCGACUGAGCAGCAAGAAGGGCCUGUUGACAGCAGUGGUUGUUGAUGAUAAGCCUUGUGAGCUCUACUGCUCACCCCUCGGGAAGGAGUCGCCGCUGCUGGUGGCCGACAGGGUCCUGGAUGGCACACCCUGCGGACCCUACGAGACAGACCUCUGUGUGCAUGGGAAGUGCCAGAAAAUCGGCUGUGAUGGCAUCAUCGGGUCUGCAGCCAAGGAAGACCGGUGUGGUGUCUGCAGUGGGGAUGGCAAGACUUGCCGAGUGGUGAAGGGUGACUUCAGCCACUCCCGGGGGACCGGUUAUAUCGAAGCUGCUAUUAUUCCUGCUGGAGCUCGGAGGAUCCGCGUGGUAGAAGAUAAACCUGCUCACAGUUUUCUGGCUCUGAAAGAUUCCAGUAAGAGAUCCAUCAACAGCGAUUGGAAGAUAGAGCUCCCCGGAGAGUUCCAGAUCGCAGGCACAACCAUCCGCUAUGUGAGGAGGGGGCUGUGGGAGAAGAUUUCUGCCAAGGGACCAACCAAAACUCCACUGCAUCUGAUGGUGCUGUUAUUUCAUGACCAGAAUUAUGAAAUUCAUUAUGAAUACACCAUUCCUGUGAACUCCACUGCUGAAAAUCAAAGUGAACCUGCAAAGCCUCAGGACGCCUUGUUCCUCUGGACCCACAGCAGCUGGGAAGGGUGUAGCGUGCAGUGCGGAGGAGGGGAACGCAGAACCAUCGUGUCAUGCACACGGAUUGUUAACAAAACCACAACCCUAGUGAACGACAGUGACUGUCCUCAAACAAGCCGCCCCGAGCCCCAGGUCCGAAGGUGCAACUCACACCCAUGCCAGUCACGGUGGGUGGCAGGCCUGUGGAGCCCCUGCUCAGCAACCUGCGAGAAGGGCAUCCAGCAUCGGGAGGUGACCUGCGUGUACCAGCUACAGAAUGGCACACAUGUUGCUACACGUCCCCUCUACUGCCCGGGUCCCCGGCCAACGCCAGUGCAGAGCUGCGAAGGCCAGGACUGUCUGUCCAUCUGGGAGGCAUCCGAGUGGUCACAGUGCUCGUCCAACUGUGGUAAAGGGACACAGAAGCGAACCGUGACGUGCACCAACUCCCAAGGGAAAUGUGACACAUCCACAAGGCCUAAACAUGAGGAGCCAUGCGAAGACUACUCAGGCUGCUAUGAGUGGAAGACGGGAGAUUGGUCUAAGUGCUCGUCUACCUGCGGGAAGGGGCUGCAGUCCCGGGUGGUGCAGUGCAUGCACAAAGUCACUGGGCGUCACGGCAGCGAGUGUCCCACCCUCUUGAAGCCAGCAGCCUACAGACAGUGUCACCAGGAGGUCUGCAACGACAAGAUCAAUGUGAACACCAUCACCUCCCCUCGCCUCGAAACCCCCCAAAACUAUAUUCCUCCCCAAAGCUCCUUCCCUCACACAGGACUUCACCCAAACGAAGGGGCUUCAGAGCACCUCUGUUGGGACUGACGGUGGCUUUGGGGCUUUGGAGAGGUGAUUCAUGGCUUGUGCCAGCAUGAGCCUGCCUGGUGUCCUCCAGGGACAUCCUGUGAGCAGGGCUACCUCUCCACGCGACCAAGACCCUGGAGGAGAUGUGGGCCACUUGUUCACAGUGGACUUCAUGCUUUUAGGGGUCCUUUGGUGUCCCCUGCUCCAUAAAUGCCAGCAGUCACAGCAUCCUCCACCACAAGGGCCACUGAGUAGCACUGGACUCAAGCGAAUCGAUUUGAUCUUGCAGGUUAGUGAGCUCUAGAGACUUGUGAUACUUGCUUUAGAGAGGGUAGAGAAAUAGUGAAGCAGAUGGGGGAGCUCAUCAGGCAAGGCAGACCGCGGGGCGGUCAGGAGGGUGUUGAAUUCUGGGAACAACCUGAACAAGAGGUGUUUUGUGCACUACAGUGGGUUACGGUGGGUUUUAUUUGUUCUCAGUUGGGAACUGAGGUUGUCAGCUUGAAGGUUGGAGAGUUUUGAGAUGUUCAGCUACCUGUUUGGAGAGAGCUCAGAAAUGGUGAAUGGAGACUCUUAGGCUGCCUGGCCUGGUGCCAACAGGGUGGCUGUUCUGAUUACCAUGGGUGGGGCGGGGCAGGGCAGGGGCCGAUUAACAGGUGACAUGCUGGCUGGACUCGUAGAAAGAGGAGGCAGAAGGUGAAGAGGCUGAUCUAUUGGAGUGAACUCUAUGCAGGUGUUCUGGAGCCAGAGGUCAGUGAUUAUUUGGGGGAGUGCCGUUGAGUCUGGGGGAGAGAAAGGGGGUUUGUAUGAGGGAAGGGGUCGAGUGAGCGAAUUCAGUGAGCCAGAGCAUCAAGAGAACAGGUCGCUUUCUGGGAGAAACCUGCAGUCAGCACCGAACAGCCUGAAGGUAGGGUUUUGAGCAGGGAGUGGAGGGGCAGAGGAAGGAGAGCGUCAGCGUGCGCUUGAGGAGGGGACGCAGGUCCUGGAGUAACAGAGUCAUCUAUCGGGGAACGAGUGGGCGGAUGGGGCCCAGAAGCAAGGGCCAAGCAUGCCUUAGCUCCAAAGGCCUCAGACCUCUGGGCUGUCCUGGCAGGGUUCGUAUAUGGAGGAGGGUCAGGGGUAGUGAGUCUGGCCAGGGAUGGUGCAGCUGACUGGCUGAGCUCUGGGAACAAGGGAAGCAGCAGAGUGAGGCGUCGGGGUCUUUGGGAGUUUAGGUGAGAGUAGAACGCAGGGAGGAAGCCAGGAAGAGUGCUGGGGUGUUGAGGAGUGGUUUGGGGGGAGCGACUGGGUCCCACUUGUGUGUCCAGAGUCAGAGCGCCCAGUGCCCACUGGGGGUUUGGAAAGAGCUUUGAUAGAUGAAGCUGGUAUGGUCUGGCUGUAGGAUGGGGAUUUAUGGCUGUUGGGAAAGUGGCUGAGGUAUGGUAGGGGGUUCGAAGGCAGCUGUGAAUGAUACCGAGCCGGGAAGGGCACCAGGGUACGGGGUCUGCGGGAGGCCUUCUAAAGCAGUCUGGCCACAAGGCCAAAGUUGAGAGCCCAAAGACGGAGAAAGCCCGCUAGGCUGAGGAAGGAGAGGGGCUGCAGAUUAAGACGUUGUUGGGAGGUGGAAUCCGGUCAAGAGCAUGGCUGAGAGCCUGGCAGAAUAAGUGGGGGCUGUCCCUGAACCCUCGGGGAGGGCUGCCCGGGUGAGCUGAGCACACAGCCCAGCCGGAGGCGGGCUCCAUGGGAGUGCGGGUGAGAAGGUCGUGGGAGCUGGGCGAGGUGAGGGACUGGGGAAGGCGGCGGCAAGAGAACGCUGGAGCGCGUGAAGAGGAAAGGGGGAUUUGGGAAGAUGUUGCCCAGAGCUGGAGGAGGAGAUUCUGUCCCAGGAGGGGAAGGGGAGAGCUUUAAAGGUGCUGUCAUGCAGGGAUGAAGAGGCUGCCGGUCAGCCCCCCGCCAAUAUUAAAGUGCAGGUCCUGGGAACGUGGACAGAGAGGAUUCAAUGGCCGCGGUGCCAGGAGAUAGGAGAUGGACUCGCCCUCCACCAGAAGUUACCCUGGGCCCGUGCGUGGUGACCGGCUGGCUGUAGGUGCAAGAGCCAUGGGACCCUGUCCAUCUUUGGCUGGUAAAACAAGCCCCAUGAAGUCGGCAGGGCAGGGUGCGGGAGUGGGGACAGUCCAUCUUCCAGUGGCCCUUUAAGCUGCAGAGGGAACAGGGUUUGUGGGCCGCAGCAGAUUUGGGCAUUGCUUUGCCCAGUGCCCUGUUUAGCCACAUGGAAAGCAAGGCCCAGGGAGUCUAGGCUUUUGUUUGGGUAACUGG